CGGUGGGGCAGGGGCAGGAUGAGUGUGUGGGAACUAAAAAACUUCACACGCAAUCUUCGUCUGGCCGAGUGCAGUUUGCAGUCAACUGUUAAGUCAGUCGUCCUUAUUAAGUGCUAUUUUGAAAACUGGGAUGUCCUUUGAAAAUGGCGUAUUUCUUCCUGAUCCUGACCCUCCACCCCUCAUUUCCCCAUCUGCUAGGGGCAGGAGACAAGGCGGUUCUGGUGCUGGUGGUCACAGAGGUUCACGUCCCCGUCAAAACCACCAUUCUCGCUCGCCGAGAUCUAUCCACCACGCUUCCGAAGACAUCGACCACCAGCAGCAGCAGCAGACCACGAUGAAUGGAAUGUUUUCUUUCAACCCAGACGCACCCUCGUUUCAACCUUUCGUCACAGGUACGAGUAGCACAUCCCAAAAUCGAAACUAUGCAGCACCGUCCUCCCGACAGAGACCUGCUGUCGCGACAUUCCAAAGCAAUCCUAAAAGUCGAGGUUUCCUGGAUAUUUUGCGGAAGGACAAUAAUAAUCACAAACACCGCAAAGGUGGUGGGACUGGUAGUAGUUGUGACAAGGAAGAUGACGACAAUGGCCCUGAUGGUCCAGACAGGGAUGAGCUUUCCCACAGGAGAAAGCCUACCUCGAGAGACCAGAAACCAGAUAUUCGAAACCAGAGGGAACGCCUCACCGACCAACUCGGAAGGAAUGCAUACGAUUGUAUGAUUUGCGUCGAGCGCGUUAGACGUGGUUGGUCAAUAUGGUCCUGUAUGAAAUGUUUCAAUGUCUUCCAUCUCAAAUGCGUAUCCACUUGGGCAUUGUCCUCCAAGGACGAGGUUGGAUGGCGCUGUCCUGGCUGCCAAUCUUACUAUGAAGAUGUUCCUCACGAAUAUCGUUGCUUUUGUGGAAAGACUAAGAACCCGGAAAAUAUCCGCUCUGACGUGCCUCAUGGGUGUGGGAAUACGUGUGGAAAGGUUGGGUCUGGUGGGCCCGAAUGUAAUCAUAGCUGUUCUCUUCUCUGUCAUCCCGGACCAUGUCCACCUUGCGAAGCUAUUCAGUCGAGAAAAUGCUGUUGUGGAAAGACGUCUGCUCAAGUGAAGUGUAGCUCAAAGACGAUUCUAACUUGUCGAAAUGUCUGUGAUAAGUUGCUUAACUGUGGAGCUCACAACUGCACAAAAUUAUGCCAUGGAGGUCCAUGUGAUCCCUGUGCAUUUAUCAUUGAAUUAGCGUGUCAUUGCAAGUCUGAAAAUAAAUCGACCCUCUGUGACUCAAGCACCUCUCGAGUGGUGGCGUUUUCCUGUGGCAGACCAUGUGAUAAACUCCUGUCGUGCCAGAACCACAAAUGUUCUGAUAACUGUCAUGUUGGAGCAUGUGAUCCGUGCUCACUCUCGCCCGAAAUUGUGCUUCGAUGCCCGUGUGGACAAACCUCCGUGACCGAGGCGUGUCGAAAGUGUAACAUUCCGCCCAGAAAGAGAUGCCUUGACCCGAUUCCUGUGUGCGGAAAGGUGUGCGGGAAAUCUCUCCCCUGCGGCGGCUCAGGUGUGCCCCACAAAUGCUCUGCGCUCUGUCACGCCAAUCCAACUUGCCCAACUUGCCCUCUUCUCACCAACUUCAAAUGUCGCUGUGGGAGCAAAACCUUCGAGCUUAGCUGCGCUCAGUAUGACCCUGAAAAGGAAUAUCGUUGUGAAAAGCGAUGCACAAAAAAAAAGAGUUGCGGACGACACAAGUGUAAUGCAAAAUGUUGCAUAGACGAAGAUCACAUUUGUGUCAUUGUAUGCGACCGUCCAUUACGAUGUGGGAAUCAUAACUGUUCUCUUCUCUGUCACAAUGGCCACUGUCCACCGUGUCGUGUAGUCAGUUUUCAUGAACUUAACUGUGAAUGCGGCGCUUCUGUGAUUUAUCCGCCCAUCCCUUGUGGAACGAAAAGACCGCCGUGUACCAUGCCUUGUGGGAGAGAACAUGAUUGUGACCACCCCGUCUUGCACCACUGCCACUCGGAUGCCCAGUGUCCGCCCUGUACCAUGCUAACUGAGAAGUGGUGUCACGGAAAACAUGCGUUACGUAAAAACGUCAUGUGUCACAUUAAAAAUGUCUCAUGUGGGAUGCCAUGCAAGAGAAUGUUGUCUUGUGGACGCCAUGAAUGCUCACGCCCAUGUCACCCGGACUCGUGUCUCCCUCCUGGCAACAAGUGCAAGUUGGUAUGUGAAAAGCCAAACGCAGAGUGUGGUCAUGGGUGUAGUUCGCCCUGCCACGAUGGGCAAUGCCCGGAAAUAAAGUGCAAAGUUGUGUCUGACGUGACUUGUUCUUGUGGGAGGCGACAGGAAACGAUGAUUUGCUGGAAACGCGAGAAGGAAUAUGAUCGACUUGUGUGCUACAUGACUAAUCUGGAACUCAAACAACUUCGCGAUGCGGCCACAACAUCAUCAAAUGGGGGAAAAACAGAAAACGAAAUAAGCGCAGAGGCCGUGUUGUCCACAAUUCAGGCCAAAAUUCCAAAAGCUCAAGUUUUGGAAUGUGACAAGGAAUGUUCAAGAGUAGAGAGAAAUCGCAAGAUGAUGGCCGCCCUGCAACUCGAAGAUCCCGAUGCCACGUCUACUUUUGGUACUCCAAAUUACUCUGAGUUUCUGACCAGUUUUGCGAAAAAGAAUCCCCAAUUUGUGGAGAAUGUGCAUGAUAGGCUCACAGGUCUUGUUGUGAAAGCCAAGCGGUCAAAGAGGAAGAAUGAGACGUAUGGGUUUGAAUCUAUGAAUCGUGAUAAGCGAAAAAUAGUCCACGAAUAUUCGGAUCACUUUGGAUGCCUCUCGGAAUCAUUUGACGAAGAGCCCAAUCGCAGCGUCGUUUGCACGGCAUCAAAAGAUAAAAGUUAUCUUCCUGCUGUUUCACUCGUGGAUGCUGUCUUUCGGCCAAACAUUUGCUCUGAAAGGAAAAAUGCUUUUAAUGAUGUUGAAAUAUUCCAAAACACAAAGAGUCAAAUAAUGCGACCCGCAAAUGGCAGAAUGUUGCAACCUGGUGGGAGCACGUUAUCCCCUCGAGGAAGUGGAGGAAUGGUUGCGCUUGGUUGUGGUGGUGCCGCACUCGCCCCAUCAACGCAACCCAUUAAACUAGCUCCCAGUGCAAAUUCUACAUUUCGAAAUUUCGCCCACCCCACGACCUCGGAGACCUUACCCACACUGCCUGGUGCAGAUUUCCCACCCUUGAGUUGAUGUUCGGCUAUGAAGUUGAGAAAGGAGGAGUUUUCAAAGAAAUUUUUAUGAGGGGAUGUAAUAAUAUGUAUAGCUCAUAUGGAAAGAAACAGUAUAUUUGGCGUUCGAGUUUGUAAACAGAUAGUUUAAUCUGUGCCAACCACUUAUAAUUAAAAGUGAUGUCAAUCCUGAAAUUAAUUUGCCUUUGAAAUUUUGCGUACACGUAUGUACAAGCCAAUGGUUCAACAUUUGUUAUAGACAUAAUUACUGCUGUUCUUACAUGUUAUAUAUGUCAUGUUCAUGAAAUUACAUGAACUUAUUUGAUGUGAUUAAACAAUAUUAUUCUAAAUCUUUCGAGACUGAAA